AUGGAGGACAGUAUCGACGAUGAUGACGUCACAAUUUGUAGUGAAGACUUCAUGAUGGACGAUGAUGAUGACUGUGUCACCAUUUUAAGGAAUUUUGAUGAGGGACAAUUUGGUGGUGUCGAGGUUUCGAAUGAUGGAAGACAAGUAAAUGAUACUGAAAAGAGGAAUAUUGAAAAUAUACCAGAACAAUCAACCCAAAUCCCAAACUAUGAUAGUAUUCAAUCUCAAAUAGAACCUAGCAUUGAUAAUGACGUCACAUUCUGCGAGUCAGGCUUCAGUAUCGCCAAAGAAAAUUUACCUAAAAGUAAUGAAGUAUAUUUAAAUGACAAAAUAAAUUUAAUUGAGACAGAACUUGGUCCUAAAUUAGGCAAUAAUUUAGUUUCCAAUGACGAAUUAAAUAUUAAUCAUUCAAAUAACGAACUUAAUCAAUUAACAAAUUCUAAUUAUGACACCCAAAAUACAAUCUUGUACACUGUACAUGGUUUUACACAAAAUAAUACACAUUAUAGCCCCAGUCAAAACGAGAUUUUAAUUCCUAACAAAUACCUAUAUCGUAUUAAGGAAGAUAAGAACGAGACAAGACUAGUUAAUAAUAGUAACGGUACUGCUAAUGCACUAAAUAGUAAGGUCACAAAUAUGAAUAGUCUUACUAAAACUAAUGACAACAGAAGUAAAGAUGGACGUCGAAAUGAAAUAGUUUCAGAAGAUAGAAUGUCUGAAAGUAUAUUAGCAAAUCAAGAUGUAGGUGUAUUUUCCCAAAAUAUGGACACAAUAUUUCAAGAAAAUGAGAACGACUUGACUGACAUUACACCGAAAGAUAUUAAUGAUGGAUACAUGAAAAAUAACUUUUUUGAGAGAAAUUCGGAAUACGCUCAAAAUGUAUAUGAUUAUUUUAGUGAAAUACAUAGCAUAAAUGAUAUUACCAAGGAAAAUACAAUUGAAAAUGAAAAAUCAAAAGACACACUUAAAUCCAUGCAGAUUACUAAAAAAAAAACUCAAAACAAUAUAAAUAACGACAAUUUUGACUCGAACAAUGAAUAUUUAGAUACGAUUCAAAGUGUAGGUACAGGCAGGCAUAUAGAACAAGUAAUACCAAAUCAAAAUAUGGAAAACCUUACGAAAAACUUUGAGCAAAAUAUCGAUUCUUCACAACAAAACACUAAACAAAUAUCACCAUUUGAAGUUAUCGAAGAAGAUACAGACACAAUAGAAGUAAUUCCUUACAAAGUUCUAGAAGAAUUGAAUAAGAUUAAGAUGUAUUUGCGAAGAAGAGACAGAAGAAUGUCGUGUGACGGGUAUUCUACCGACUCUGGGUACAAAAGUGAUUCUCAGUUAAGAAGUUCAAACAGAAGUGCAUUACAACUAUCCGGUAUUUCAAUAAACCAAUCGGCUUUUUGCUUGUUAAAUCACAUAACACAAUGCGCUUUAGUUGGUGCGACCAGAGAAAUAACAGGAGAAAUGGCUCAAACUCUAGGCCAACUUGUAGACAGACUGCACGAAGAAGAGACAUAUCCACCAUUCCUAGAAGAACUACUAGACACAGUUGAUAUAUUACUGCGACAAGUGUACGAGGGGCAAAGCUGUGAUGACAGUGAGUUAUUGAAGAAAGACGAAUUUAUUCAACGAAUAAUGCUUUUGAAUAAAUCAAUUCACAUACAGAGUCAUUCUAUAGAGAAAAUAACGAGCAUUCUAACAAAAUUUCACGAAAACAUAACAGACAGCAGCGUCACUUACGAAUUAACGAAUAUAGACCAAGUUGAAAAUGUAUCUUAUCUAUUUCAUAUCUUAGAAAUGUUAUUAAAAAAAUACAUUAAAAACAAAGGCAUUUUAAGCCAAGGCUCCCAAUUGUCCCAAGAUGAGGAUAAAAUUUUAAAUAAAAGUUCCAUAACGGACAUUUGGAGAAAAAAAUGGAAUCCUAAUUUCAAAGAUAAUUCAGCGGGUAGUCGUGAAAAACGUUGCGUUUUAAAAAGUUGCAGCGAGAUUUUGAAUAAAGUCAUUGUUGACUGCGUGAACUCUUACAGCUUAGUUGCGUAUUCCGCUUUGAGAUGUUUCAAUUCCAUGCAGUCAUAA